UUUUCCCCACCGCGUUUGAAACGAUGAAUGGCAACGAGGCUGCGGAGGUAACUGGGACACAAACAUCCCAUUUGGUCUCAAGUGUUCACACGAGACGGAAGGACGAGUAGAGCCUACUCAGCAGGUAAACCGGGCUCCAGAACACGUCACACAGACCCACAUAAGAUAGUUGCAACAUGGAAGUUGAGGAGCUCCACUCAGACAUCCAGGGUGAAUCCCAGCCUGCUCCUUUGGGUGCAGGUGACAUGGAGGCUGUGCAGGCUCUGAUGUCCAUGACUAAGCACUGGACCAGGAGCUUCAGGCUCAGACACUUCAGACCCUUGACUCCGUCCUCAGACUGCUCAGAGGAUGACUCCGUCCCCUUUGGGUCUGCUGUGCUACUGGACUCUCCUUUGUGUAUGACACCGCCAUACAGUCCACCCACCUUUGAGGCCACCCAUCCGCCCUCAGGGGCAACCUUCCAUCAACCUGCAGCAGCUGGUAGUCCAAGCUGGCAGCCAAUAGAGACUCAUCUGCACACACACACUGCUGCUUCUCAGCAACGGUUCCACUGCACCAGUGUCAUCCGUCACACAUCAGAUGUCCAUCCUGUCUCCAGGGAAGACAGACUUACUCAAGUUCCCACAAAAGACUUUAAAAGAGAAUUGAGCUCUGAAUAUGGACUAAACAGUAGAGAGUCCGAGGGGAGCUCUGGAAUACAGUCGGACUCUAAUGCAGCCAUGCCACAGGAAUCCUUUACCGUGACUGUGCCAAAUAUGCUUGACGCCAGUCGGACCAAGAUGAGUCUUUUAGGCCUGGAUGAUAAAUCCAAUACGUCUCAGGCUGUCUCCUCUGUCCGGGCUGGAUCCGGGGUCUGUCCUGCGCCUGUCUACUGCCAGAUUCUUCCUGUCUCUUGUCCUUCCUCCACUGUCACAGCCUCUCAGAGCCAGAAGCAACACCUAAAACCUGUCCCAUCAGCAGCCACCACUGCACUACAACAGGCACAAACACAAGCAGCUUCUCCUGCCCAUGUCAUCCUCCUGGGGGGUCAGGGGCCAAAAGGCCCCGUAAUGCUCCUCGUCCCUCGGCCGGCUGUUCCUACACUCUACGUGCAGCCAGCACUGGUGACCCCUGGUGGCACCAAACUAGCAGCCAUCGCCCCCGCGCCCGGUCGUGUCGUGUUGGAGCAAAGAGAAAAGCCUCCGCAGCCAGAAGUGUCCCGUGUACGCAGUCAUGUUUGUCCUCAUGAGGACUGCUGCAAAACCUACUUCAAGAGCUCCCACCUCAAAGCCCACAUGAGGACACACACAGGUGAGAAGCCCUUCAAGUGCAAGUGGGAGGGCUGCGAGAGGCGAUUCGCUCGCUCCGACGAGCUGUCUCGCCACCGGCGUACCCACACGGGAGAGAAAAGGUUUGCCUGUCCCGUGUGCCUCAGCCGCUUCAUGCGUAGCGACCACCUCGCCAAGCACGCCCGGCGACACCUUGCAGAGAGGAAGACGCCCCGCUGGACACCCGGUCUGCUGACCUCACUGCUUCCACAACACUCAGUCUGUCUUCAGCGAACUCUCUCGGAGACAUCCCGAUGAGACACCAAAGGGUGAAAAUGAAUGUGAGGCUUGGUGAGCCUCCAACAGUGCACUAGUUUUCAGUUCUGCGUCGUUCAACUGUUGAACAACGCAGAACUGAAAACUAGAUUAGGUUGCAAGUCUUUGCUGCUUUAUUCCUUAAUAAUUAUGGUCGUAUCUGAACAAGUUCAUGAGACCGUUUCACUGAAAAUAGCCACUAUUAUGUGAAUCGAUUACCAGAUUUCAUUCUUUAAGAUGAUUUGUUUUGGAAUUUUAGUCCUUUUUAUUUUGAAUGGACAGGUGAAGACAGGAAAGGGGGGAGAGAGGGAAUGACACGCCGCAAAGGGCCGCAGGUCGGAAUCAAACUAGCGGCCGCUAGACUGAGCCUUUGUACAUGGAGGCACACGCUCAUCCAGCUGAGCUAACAGGGCUUUGGAACACUUUAAUGCUAAACAUAUUCACUUUGCAAUGCCGUUUGACCAAAAAAUGUUGAAUAUUGUUCCUUUGUGCCAUACAAGAAUCUGUUAUAAAACUAUUUUGCACACUUAUUUCUUUAUUAAACCUGAACACAUGUA